AUGCCAUGCAAGAUGAAAGCAACAACACAAGCUCUUGCCAAAGAAGGUAAUAACGAUGGCAAAGAGGUGUUCUCGUUGCCACAUCACAAAAGCAACAGAUGCAACCCUAGUAGGAUACUGGAGGUGAUCGGAGCAAAGAAUGCAAUAGAAGAGAAGUUGGAGAAGCUAAGAUUGCUUGGUAUAGAACAUGUGGCAAAUGUCAAGAUCACGAAGAUGCCCAAUUUGUUUGUAAUGUGA